AUGAAACAAUCUCUGGCGGUGAUCUUAAUCCUGGCAGCAUUCGCUGCAAACGUGCAAGCGGUUACGGUGGAUGUCUACUAUGCCCAUCUUUGCCCGGACAGUGUGCGCUUUGUGCAGGAUCAGCUGCUGACAUUGAAUCCGACACUGCUCAACGCCAUCACCCUUGACUUCAUUCCGUUCGGCAAGGCACAGAGUGUCAACAAUGGUCAAAGCUUCAUUUGCCAGCACGGUCCAGCAGAGUGCGAAGGAAAUCGGAUUCAAUCGUGUAUUCUCAGUUUGCUACCAACUCAACAAGCUAAGGUGAACUACGUCGGUUGCCAGAUGAGCUUCAGUGCCGAUCCACGUGGAUGGGAGUGCGCAUUCCUUUCGGGAGUUAAUCUUAACUCUGCCGAAUCAUGUGUAGAAGGUACACUGGGAACGACACUUCAGCUGGAAGCGGAACGUCGUACGCAGCUGAUCGCUCCGGCAUUCAUUCCCACUAUCGUGUUCAACGGACAAUUCGACCAGGGUCUUCAGGAUCGCUCUCUGACCGACCUUGCUGGCAUCAUUUGCGAACUUGCGGGAAUUACCGGUGUGGGUUGUUAA